AAUAUCCUCCCACUGGGUAGGAGUAUUGCCCACCAACUCCAAACCAAAACCCUCGACCUAGAGAGUAGAGACGCCGGCAGAGAGGGUUCGCUUUCUCCUGAGAACACCGCGACACAGCUACAAAAGGGCAGUGAGGGAGAUACAGAAACAGAAGAAGAUGUUUACUGCAAAAGCCCCUACGCUUGCAUCUCUUCCCUCCAUUUCCAAUCAUCCGAGCAACCCUAAUUUUAACGCUAACCUCCCGUUCCUUUCGACUCUCUCCACUUCUACUAGAAAACCCACUUCUCCACUCCUCACUUUUCCUCCUCUCAAAUCAUCAAUUUCGACAACAGAACCAGCAAUAUCGCCACCGGAUCAAUCCCUUGCUUCGACAUCAAAAGCGGCCGCUCAAACCCGCGUAGAUAUCCUCGCGGAAUCCCUCCCAUUUAUCCAGAAAUUUCGCGGCAAGACCAUCCUCGUCAAGUACGGUGGCGCAGCCAUGAAGGAUAAAAAUCUCCAGGCAUCCGUUAUCAACGAUCUCGUCCUCCUCUCCUGCGUUGGUCUUCGUCCCGUCUUCGUCCAUGGAGGUGGCCCCGAAAUUAACUCCAUGCUUGGCCGACUCGGCCAGCAACCCAAGUUUGUCGAUGGUCUCCGAGUGACUGACACGCCCACCAUGGAAAUAGUUGAAAUGGUCCUCGUCGGUAAGGUCAAUAAACACUUAGUUUCUCUCAUCAACAAGGCCGGAGCCACUGCUGUCGGUCUCUCCGGCAAAGAUGGUCGCCUCCUCACCGCCCGGCCAUCUGCCAAAGCUGCUCAACUUGGGUUUGUCGGUGACAUUGCUCGGGUUGAUCCAACCAUCCUCCGCCCGCUUGUUGCUAAUGAUUUCAUUCCGGUGAUUGCAUCGGUAGCGGCGGACGAAAAUGGUCAGGCGUAUAACAUUAAUGCUGACACGGUUGCUGGGGAACUGGCGGCAGCGCUUGGAGCUGAGAAGCUGAUCCUCUUGACAGAUGUUGCCGGAAUUCUUGAAAAUAAGGAUGAACCCACGACAUUGGUGAAGGAAAUUGAUAUUAAGGGAGUGAAGAAGAUGAUGGAUGAAGGGAAGAUCGCUGGUGGGAUGAUUCCGAAAGUGAAUUGCUGCAUUCGAUCGCUCGCGCAGGGGGUGCGUACUGCAAGUAUCAUUGACGGCCGGCUUCCACAUUCAUUACUUCUCGAGAUCCUCACCGAUGAAGGUGCAGGCACAAUGAUUACUGGAGGGUUGACGAAGCCAUCAAAGAGAAGGCAUGCAAUGCUCUACUUCCCAAGGGAUAAAAUUAAGAGAGGAGCCCCAUGCAUGUCAGAGCGUCUUGCCUAAUACAAUCAAUAAGCAUAUUGGGCCUUGUUUUGCAUGUUUAUUGCUAAUUGAAGAGGAGCUUAGUUCAGAAGCAAUUUAUGUUGGAGCAAGCUUCUGCAAGCCUGUUGAACCCUACUAAAUUUUGAGACCAGUUCAGAGCUGUAUUUGGAGGUUUUGUAAUUUGUGUUGUUGUAUUUAGGACUUCAGUUUUUCCUUUAUAUAUUUUAUGAUUUUUUCACAUUUUCAACUUUACGCAGCAUCCCUAUCUUACUGCUAGUAUAUGCCAACGUUGUAGCUGGAGUUAAAUUAGAAAA